UUCUUCCUGUGUUCUACACAUUUUUCAUUUUUCCCUUCUUUCUUACUCUUCCAUCCCUUCCCUGUGUACAAGCCUUAGGCUCCUUUGCCAUUCCCCCUUGAUUGUACCUGUUCCUGGUCCUGAAAUACAUGCGUAAGUGCCUCAGUCACUCGUCAACACCCCCUUCGUUCCACGUUGCGGUAGACCUCACGCUCGCCACACUUUGGUGCUCGCUUCGUGCAUGAGACACAGCUCUUUUCUCCGGGAAACCUCGAGCUGACCAUUCCUUUGACAAUUCCACAGACCGGAUUCACUCGUGGGCGAAAGCUCACGCAUCGACUCGCAAGAAUCAAGCUUCUUCGCAGCUAGACCAAGCCUCCGACGAGGCAACGGCCCAAGAUGGGCAAGUGAAAGAAGCUAUACGUGACCCGGCCAGUCCGGAGUCAGAGAAAAAUGCAAAUGAGACCACCAAGCCCGGAAUUUUCCCCCGCAUGAAGGAUGGCAUGGUCCGCUUCAGCAGCCACACUAAGACGGCGCUUUGCCACAGUUGGGUCAAUGUGCUGCUCGUCUUCGUGCCCGUGGGUAUCGCCGUCGAGGCGGCCGGAUUGAACUCGGGUUUGAUCUUCGCCAUGAACGCCAUUGCAGUCAUUCCCCUGGCUGGUCUUCUCAGUCACGCUACCGAAUGUGUUGCUAGCCGCCUGGGCGAUACCGUCGGCGCACUUAUCAACGUCACCUUUGGAAACGCGGUUGAAUUGAUUAUCUUCAUCAUCGCACUCGUCAAGAAUGAGAUUCGAAUUGUGCAAGCAUCACUUUUGGGGUCUAUUCUGGCAAAUCUUCUGCUGAUUCUGGGUAUGGCCUUUUUGUUGGGAGGGUUGCGUUUCCAGGAACAGAUCUACAACAGUACAGUCACUCAAAUGAGUGCUUGUCUUCUCAGUUUGAGUGUGAUGAGCUUGUUGCUACCUACGGCUUUCCAUGCUUCUUGGUCAGAUAGCUCGAACGCCGAUAAGUACACACUCAAAGUCAGCCGUGGAACUAGUGUGGUGUUGCUCCUUGUUUACGCGCUGUACAUUCUUUUCCAGCUCAAGUCGCACUCCUAUCUAUAUGCCAGUACCCCUCAGCAGAUUAUCGACGAGGAAUCUCAUCCAGGUGUGCUGGCAGAUUUCAUGAACAGCUCCUCUGAUUCUAGCAGUUCUUCGGAUGAAUCGGUUGAUACCACCACGUCAUGGUCUACUGCAAAGCGCAUCAAGAGGGCCAUGAAACACAGACGCCAUCGAAAGUCCAGCACGAGCUCGCAUGGAACAGGCUCUCCGCAGUCCUUCCGGAAGAAGUCCCUGGUUGACAUGCCUUCAUCAGCGGCAGUCGAUGAGACCAAUGGUUCUGGCGACUUGAACACUACAAAUAGUCACGCGGAAGGAUCGGGGUCUAUCGUCAUCGACUUUGGAGAUGAUACUCGCUAUGACGCGGAUCAUGAGCCUCAUUCGAGAGACUACGAGCCACAGUCCCGAGAUUUCGGAGCUGGCCCCAAGGUUUCGAAGACUGUCAAAAAGGCCAGAAAGCAAGAGAAGAGAAGCCGGGAGGAGCAAAAUGCUCAAAGCGCCGCUAACACAGGCAUUAAUGCACGGCCCCCCAUGAUGACAUUCAAGUCGGAGCCCGCCGUUGACCAUGGUGAUAUGCAAAUACCAGUCGAUGAGACCCCUGAGGUGCCCAAGAGACGAUCGCCAUUUCGCCCGACCAUUCCUUCAUUGCUCUCUAACACCGUUUUCUCAACUGCACCAGCCAUGGCGCAGCCAACGAAUCUGUCUGGUGCAUCUGGUCUUCGGCGUACACACUCGCUCCCGUCUUUCUCCAAUCGUCCUCCGCCCGUGGGAAGCGCCGUUCAAUUCGCUCGUGGUGCAUCUCGCAUGCCUACCGCAACCAGCGCGGUCACUGUCGAAGAUGCUGCCGAACACCCUGAGCCAGAAAUGUCCCGCACAUCUGCAGUGGUUAUGCUCCUCGUCUCGACAGCCCUCGUCGCGGUUUGUGCCGAAUUCUUGGUUGAUGCCAUCCCGAACAUGAUUCAAAGUUCAUCUGUCAGCGAAGCUUUCAUCGGCCUCAUCAUUCUUCCUAUUGUUGGCAACGCUGCUGAGCACGUUACGGCUGUGAGUGUGGCCACCAAAAACAAGAUGGACCUUGCCAUUGGUGUCUCCGUUGGCAGCAGUAUUCAAAUAGCUAUAUUCGUCACUCCCUUGGUGGUCAUUCUUGGGUGGUGCAUGGACAAAGACAUGUCUUUGUACUUCACGCUCUUCGAAACGAUAUCCCUCUUCGUAACGGCCUUCGUUGUGAACUUCCUUGUCCUGGACGGCAGGAGUAAUUACCUUGAAGGAUCUUUGCUUAUCGCAGCCUAUGUCAUUAUUGGUGUUGCUGCAUUCUUCUAUCCCGGCAGCGCCGAGUCCAGCAACUUCGCCGGCAGUGCAUAGCCGUCUUUAAUCCUAAUGAGUUGGCACUAGCCGUUCUAUAAUGAAGCC